AUGUUCAACGUGGGAAAUUGGAACAGUGUGGAUCCUAUAAUUUUGCAUGCAGAAGUUAAUAAAAUUUCAGUUGACUUUGAAUUAGAUUCCGGUGCAGGAAUUUCGUUACUUCCUGAUCGUGUUUAUAAAAGUAAUAAUUUUAUGUGUAAUAUUUUUCCUUCUAAGAAUAAAUUAAAGAUGCAUAAUGGUGUUGUAAUUGAACCAUUUGGUGAAAUUCAUGUUUUUAUUAAGUACAAAAAUAUAUGUCAUACUAACUAUAUAUUAAUCAUAGUUAAGAGUGACUACAAACCUUUGUUUAGUAAGGAUUUAUGAAGAUUUUUCAAAUCCAGUUAACCAACAUUAAUCAGUUUAUUUUAAGUAACACAGUGAGUAAGAUAGUGAAUGAUAAGUUAAAAAUAUUAGUCGGAAAACAGUGAAUUGUUUUUGAAUAAAAUAGGUACUUAUAAGUAUGAGGAAAUAAUCUUGAACUUAGCCAAGGAUGCAAAGCCUAUUUUUCACAAACCUAAAGUGUUUUCCUACUCAUUGAAUGUUAAGGUUGAUGAGGAAUUAAAUAGCCAAAUUAAUUAAAGUGUCUUAGUCAAGACUGACAGUAGUUCUUGGGGUUCACCUUUAGUACCUGUUGUACUAAAGUAAGUGAUGGUUCUGUGCGAAUUUGUGCAAGAUUAAUAAAGUAAUGGUUAGUUGAUAACUGGAGAAUUUUCAGCACCUUUUACCUCGCGUUGAAGAGUUGUUUGAAGCAUUAUAGGGUGGUAAAUAUUUACGAAAUUGGAUUUCUUAAAUGCUUACAACUAAUUGAGUCUUAUUGAGAAAAGAAAAAAUUUUAGCAUGGAGCUUUAGUAAGGGAAUAUUUUUACUUAUUAGGUUACUUUUUGGUACUAAGCCAUCCAGAAAUAUAUUUAAGCGCAUUGUAGAAAAAAUACUUCAGGGUUUAAAAGGUGUUAUAAAUUUUCAGGAUGAUGUUAUAACCGGUAAGUCUGACAUAAAACACUUAAACAAAAUUGAAAAAGUGUUUGAAGAGAUUGUCUGAUUCAGGAGUAAGAACUAGAUUUAGUAAAUGUGUUUUCUUUCAGUCUGAAAUUCACUAUUUAAGGCAUAUUGUGAGUGCUGAAGGCGUUAAAAAAAAUACAGACGCAGUUAAGGCGAUUUCGGAGAUGUCUAGGCCCAAAAAUGCCAAUGAGAUCAGAACUUAA